GUCAGAAAUUUCAUCGUCAUCGUUGCAGCCAUCAUAAAUUUUUUGGAUUUGUACAGGUACAUUUGCAAUUUUUUAUCAUUUGCUUGAAUUUUUUUUGUGAAGUACAUACCUACAUAGAUUAAAUAUAUUUCAUUGAAAUUAAAAACCAUAAAGUAUUUUAGUAUAUGAAAACUCGGUGCUCUCAUAGAUAUAAAGGGUAAAAAAAGGAUAUAUGUAUGUGAAUAUAAUUGGUAAAAUUGGUACGUUAUAUUCAUAUACAUAUAUAUGGUGUGGGGUAUAUAUAAACGGUAAAAUUGGUACGUUUUAUAUACAUAACGGUAAAAAUUGGUACGCUUGGGUGGUGAGCGGUUUUGCUUUAUUCAGUAAUAAUUUUUCACAUGGUUUUAUAAUUUCAUUUGAAAUGAGUUUGGGGGUUUUGAUUUUGGCAUGCGACGCGCUUGUCGAUUUUCAUGCUUCGUUUAAAGAAAAGCCUGUCAAAGGUCUUCGAAAUUCGGCCUUAGAAGCCUAUCGUUUAGAACUUCAAGCACUUUGGCUUGAGGUUAAAAAAUCUUAUGCCGAAUUUAUAUGUGAGGCGGCCACUGAUGAUGAUCUCAAGGCGUCAAUCCUUGAGGUAAAGGCCAAAUACAAGAGUUCAUCGGAUACUUAUAUCGAGUUUCUGAGCGACAUUUUAGAGGCAACGCAAGAAGAGAAAAAUAAAAUUGAUACGAAAAGUAAAACAGAAGAUAAAAGUGAGAGUGUCGCAUUAAGACACAAUAUGCACCUUCCACCGUGCGAAACGGAAAUAUUCAGCGGAAAUUUUCUAAAAUGGCCAGCAUUUAGGGACAUGUUUACGGCACUUUACAUCCGACACGCAAAGUUAAGUCCCGUUCAAAAACUUUUUCACUUGCGUGCUCGGACAAAGGAUCAUGCCUUAAGCAUAGUCUCUAAAUUUGAGAUUACAGAUGAUAAUUUCGAGGCUGCGUGGGCAGCUCUCAAAGAAUACUAUGAAAACAAAAGAGUUUUAGUGAAUAAUCAUCUAAGUGUUUUGCUGGGUCAGUCACGCAUAACGGUUGAAUCGGCAGCUGCAUUAAAGGAAUUGCAGAGCAAUAUUAAUGAAGCGAUUAUAGCUUUAGGUUCGUAUAGUAUAGAGGUGAAAAAGUGGGAUGCACUGAUAACCUACGUGUGUGCGACUCGUCUUCCGCCACAAACUUUAUCCCUUUGGGAAGAAUCCCUUGAAAAUCCAAUGGAAAUUCAAUCAUGGGAAAAAAUGAACAGCUUUCUCACAAAUAGGUACAGGGUUCUAGAUAACGUUUCGGAUAUGCACAAAGAAAAUAAAUUAUCAAAAGUUUCGGUUUCUAAACAGCAGCCUACAGGUACUAUUCCUCGUGUUCGUACUCAUCACGCUCAAGUGAAUUCGCAAUGUAAGGUUUGCAAAGGGGCUCAUGCACUACGUGUUUGCCCAGAUUUUUUGAAAAUGAGCGUUUCUCAAAGGAGAAACACCAUUAGAAAAUUUAAAUACUGCUACAAUUGUUUAGCUUUUAAUCACUUGGCACCAGCUUGCCAAAGUGAGAGUACGUGCUUUCACUGUAAAGGGAAGCAUCACUCGCUCCUGCAUUUUGACAAAGUUUCUCCGGGGAGUUUUACUCCAAAUGUACAGUCCACUCAAUCAACUUCAGCUCCAAGUCAAAAUGUCCAACAAUCAUUCGUUAAUACUAACUCCGGUGUUCAGUAUACUGUACCAAGGGACAGUUUAAAAGCUCAGUUUUCAAAUACAGAGGAAAACGCUAGUGUUUCUGCCAAAGUAUUCUUUGCAAAAACUCAACACGUAGCUCUUUUAGCUACAGCAAUAAUUCGAAUUCAUCAAAAUCAAACUGAUUUUGAGUGGCGGGCGCUUAUUGAUCCGGGUUCGGAAAUCUCAUUUAUUUCCGAAGAAGUUCAAAGAAGCUUGAAGUUGCCCGUUCGAUCGGUGAGAGCAACGGUUGCAGGCGUUAAUUCUUCGGUAACGGCAACUUCAUCCAAAAUGUGUUCCUUCACUCUGAGAUCGAAAUUCGAUAAACAAUUUUCACUUUUCGCUCAGGCACUUGUCCUCAAAACGGUUGCAGACAGUUUGCCUUCCAUAUCCGUAGAGUUGGAAAAUGCUCAAACAUUGUUCGACUUUCCCUUAGCUGAUCCGUGUUUCAAUCAAUGUGCCAAGAUUGAUGUAUUGAUUGGUGCAGAUUUAUAUCCGUUUAUUAUUCGCGAUGGAUUAAAACCCAAUGUGUUUCAGAGUAUUAUGGCUCAAAACACAGUUUUCGGAUGGGUAUUGCUUGGCCCGUUAAAAAAAUCCAGCUCUCAAUAUAAUUCUCAGUGUUCUCGAUCUUUGUCUUUUUACAAUGAAAUAUCGUUGGAUGAGGAGAUCCAAAAAUUUUGGCAGAUUGAAGAGCUUCCACAAAACCAAAUGUUAACAGCCGCAGAACAAUACUGUGAGAAUCUUUUUGAAGAAACCACGUACAGAGAUAAGACGGGUCGGUAUGUGGUAAGACUACCGUUCAAGGACGAUUCUCUUCACAAUACAAGGUUAGGGAAUUCACAUGAAAUUACAAAACGACAAUUUCUUAGAAAUGAAAAGAGGCUUUUAUUUAACCCUACAUUAAAAAAUGAGUAUGAUUCGGUGUUGUCGGAAUAUAUUGACUUGGGGCAUAUGAAGCCAAGUGAUUCGGCGGAUACAUUUGUUGAAAAGGGGGCAUCAUAUGUUAUGCCACAUCAUGCAGUUAUAAAACCGGAAAGCCUGACAACAAAGGUUCGCGUUGUUUUCAACGCAUCGCUUGCCUCUUCAAACGGGAAGAGCUUAAACGACAUUUUAUAUCCAGGUCCGGCACUCCAAACAGAUAUUACGCUCUUAAUGUUAAAUUGGCAGCUUUAUAAGUUCGUUUUCAACAGUGAUGUCGAGAAAAUGUAUCGGCAGAUAAAAAUAUACCCUGAUCAAACUCCUUUUCAAAAAAUUUUGUUUCGCGAAAAUCCGAAAGAUCCUCUUACCGUUUUCGAAAUGUUGACGCUCACAUUUGGCGUUUCGUGUUCGCCAUAUUUAGCAAUUCGUUCAUUGCACCAGUUAGCCAGAGAAGUAGAAAAAUCUCAUCCAUUAGCUGCUAAUAUUCUUCUUCGUGAACUGUUUGUUGACGAUGUCCUAUCGGGAGCCCAUGAUAUUCCCACGGCGUUAAAGGCACAGUCAGAAUUAAUUACGGUUUUACAAUCAGCUGGUUUUAAUUUACGGAAGUGGACCUCAAAUAGGAAAGAGUUGCUGAGAUCGCUACCCAAAAGUUCGCUUCUUAACGAAGAUUUCUUAAACAUCGAUGAUAAAAGUUCUGUGAAAAUGCUUGGCAUAAAAUGGAAAGCUACUUUAGAUACAUUUUCAUUUUCGGUUCAAUCAGUUCCACAGUCAAAUCCUAUCACGAAACGUUCAGUGCUAUCAGUGAUUGCUAAAUUGUAUGAUCCCAUAGGGUGGUUGGCCCCUAUUGUGAUCACUGCAAAAAUACUAAUGCAGCAAAUUUGGAAGGAUAAGACUGAGUGGGAUAGUGGACUUUUUCCUGACACUGAACAGAGGUGGAAAGUAUUUGUGGCAAGUUUACCAGAAAUUGCAAAGAUACGUAUCCCACGAUGGGUGGAAUACACUCCGCAAGCUGUUUCACAGCUACACGGAUUCUGUGACGCUUCGGAAAAAGCCUAUGCGGCAUGUAUUUACUUACGGGUGCAACACCGUGAUAUGGUGACCUCCCAUCUUUUGUGGGCGAAAUCAAAGGUAUCGCCAGUAAAUACUAUAUCGUUACCCAGGUUGGAGUUGCAAGGUGCAGUUCUUUUAUCCAAAAUGAUAAAUUUACUGUCAAAGUCUCUUCAAAUUCAAAAUAUUUCAUCAGUCAAUUUGUGGACAGAUUCCACAAUCGUAUUAGCCUGGCUUCAAAAACCACCUAGUACAUGGAAAACAUUUGUGGCCAAUAGAACGGCAGAAAUUUUAAAAAAUACAGUGGCAACGGAGUGGUCGCAUGUAAUUUCGUGCGAAAAUCCAGCUGAUCUAGCCUCAAGAGGAGUAUCCCCUGUUGAUUUAAAAGAUAGUUCUUUAUGGUGGAAUGGUCCCCACUGGUUGUUGAAACCUCAAUUAAUAUGGCCACGAUCGAAGCGUGAACCAGUUGACGAGUCAAUUUUAGAAUUGAAAAAGGUACAGUUAUUCAAUAACCAAGUUGUACAGGAUUUUGAAGAAGAUUUAGCAAAGUUUUCCAACUGGCACAAGGUUUUAUGUGUAGUCGCCUAUAUUGAGAGAUUUUAUCACUCCUUUAUUAAGCGUGGAAAUAAAAAGUACUCAUCGCCGGAACUUUCGUAUGAGGAAAGUAAUUUAGCCAAACAGACGUUAAUAGUACUCACACAAAAAAAAUAUUUUCAGAAAGAAUAUUGCGAUUUGGUACAAGGAAAACAAUUAGCUUCAAAAAGUUGGUUAGGGAAGUUCAAUCCCAUUAUUGAUGACAAGGGUGUCAUGCGUGCAAAUGGUAGAUUAGCUUUGUCAACUUUGUCGUAUAACGAAAAAUUCCCGAUACUUCUUCCGUCAAAAUGUCUCUUCGUUCAGCUGUAUGUACAAUAUGUACAUGAGCUUUCACUACAUGGUGAAAUUCAGCUCAUGAUGCGCAUGAUAAGAUCCGAAUAUUGGAUACCCAAAAUUAAGAACCUUGUUAAAAAAUGUAUUAUAAAAUGCCCAGUAUGUAUUCGAUACAAAAAACACGUUCAAACCCAAUUGAUGGGUGCAUUACCCGAAGAAAGAACGGUAAUAGGUCGACCUUUUACAAAUACGGGAGUGGAUUUUGCCGGUCCAUUUCUUAUUAAGACGUAUUAUGGUCGAAAAUGCCGUUUUGACAAAGGGUACGUAUGUAUCUUUGUUUGUUUCGCUACCCGUGCUAUACACUUAGAACUUGUUAGUGAUUUAACAACCCAAGCAUUCCUUGCGUCAUUUAUGCGGUUUAUUUCUCGUCGAGGAACUCCAGAACAAAUGUUUUCAGACCAUGGCACUAACUUCGUGGGUGCUUCUAAAGUGCUUUUAUCUGACUUCCACAAAUCACUUGUACAUAGUCCUACCGCAGCCGCUCACAACUUUUCGAAGGUAAAAUGGAAUUUUAUUCCUCCCGGUUCACCUCAUAUGGGUGGGUUGUGGGAAGCGGGAGUCAAAAGUUUUAAAAGACAUUUUCGAAAAUUAGCGGGUAAUGAAAAAUUCACCUUUGAAGAAUUCACCACUUUACUCGCUCGAAUUGAGUGUACUUUAAAUUCACGACCAUUGUCACCGAUGUCUGAAAACGUGUCAGAUAUUGUUCCUCUGACUCCUGGUCAUUUCCUCACCGGAGGAAUGUUAAUAGGUUUGCCAGAACCAUCUUAUAUAGAUCAAUCACUAAGUAUCAUGAAUCGGUGGAGAAAAUUGCAAAUUCUGCAUCAUCAAUUAAGCGCUCGUUGGAAAGAAGAAUAUUUGAAAGAGCUCCAUAAGCGUUAUAAAUGGAAAUAUCCUGAAAGAAAUAUUCAAAUCGAUGAUCUCGUUAUCAUUCGUAGUGAGAAUUUGCCACCCAACGAGUGGCGCCUUGGGAGAGUCAUCAAUGUGCACGCCGGACAUGAUAACAAAAUUCGGGUCGCGGAAGUUCGAACCGAAAAGGGAAUCGUCACUCGUUCGAUUGCCAAACUUUGUAUCCUUCUUCCUCAGAAGUAAAAUGAAAUCGUUUGUUAUUUUCCUUUCGCCUUAUGAUUUGAGUAUUAUUGAAACAUUCGUGAAAGGGGAUAAAGGGGAAUUGCUUAUCACUCAUUUAAAAAAAAAAAAAAAAUAAUAAUAAUUAUAAACCCGAGUUUUUGUACAUAGAUACUUACAUUAUUUAUGAUAACUAAUUAUUAAGUAUGAAUAUUCAAGCACAUGAAUAAAAUUUUGUAUCUCGUACCUUUAAAUUUUGCUAAAUUAAAUCAUGUAAAAAUUAUACCUAUGUAUCAUUAAAAUUUGAAUUAUAUUUUUCACAAUUUCAUUUGAAUCAAAUUAAUUGUUCUGAAGUGGUGGUGGUUUAAGAUUUGUUAACUUUGCAAACAAGGUUGCAAGGUGGGCGCUAAUGUUCAGGUUAUUAAACACGUCUUUGCUGUUUCGAUUCCUCCCGGUCCGAAAAGCAGAGCUAGCUCAUUAUAUAUCAACGUGUUCUAUGUGCCAUGUGCAAUGUGCUAGUAUAAUAACUCAAACUCACCCCAUUCGCUUAUAAACCACCACCGCCAU